UGAGAGCUCUCGAACAAGAGGACGUAACAAAUCGGAGUCGAGGAAAAGAAGGAAGAGAGAGAGAGAAGAAGGUUUAUAUGGAGGAGAUGAAUGGUGGAGGAGAGGGGGUGGAGGAGAUGGAGGAGAACGGGAAGGAGGAGAAGGGAAAGGGGAGGGAGAGGGAGAAGACGGUGCUGAUGUGGGGGUAUCUUCCGGGGGUCUCGCCGCACAGAUCGCCGCUGCUUUACCCGGUGGCCGUACGGAUGCCGGAAUCCGCCACCGGAGAUGGCUGGAUGGAUGUCUGUGGGGGCGGAUGUGGCUUCGCGAUGGCCAUCUCUGGAUUGGGCAGACUCCUUACAUGGGGUUCGACGGAUGAUAUGGGUCAAAGCUAUCUGACUUCUGGGAAACAUGAGAAGUCUCCUGAGGCAUUUUCUCUUCCAACUGAAGCAGCCAUUGUCAAGGCAGCUGCAGGGUGGGCUCACUGUGUUGCAGUUACAGCUUAUGGAGAAGUCUACACGUGGGGCUGGACAGAAUGUGUUCCAACUGGGAGGAUCAUAGGAGACCAAUCUAUAGGAGGAACUUCAGAAAAGGAUGAAAUGCAUAGCGCGUCAUUGAACGAUCAAGGGAGUCCCAGGUCACAAAUGUUAAGAACUAGUAGGGGAACUGUAUCUGGUCCUGAGAGUAGUGGUGGGGAGGAAAGCACAAAGCGUAGAAGGUUAUCUUCAGCUAAGCUGGAAUAUGAAAGCCCAACAUCUGGUGAUGAAACUCUUUCAGCUCCCCCAUGUCUAGUGACACUUAACACAGGAGUGAUUAUUGCUAUGGUAGCUGCAGGUGGACGUCAUACACUAGCAUUGUCAGUUUCAGAUGUAGGUCAGGUGUGGGGUUGGGGAUAUGGAGGGGAAGGGCAACUUGGGUUGGGUUCUCGUAUCCGCACAGUGUUUUCUCCUCAUCCUAUACCUUGCAUUGAGCCGUUUGCUUCUGGCAAGGACCAAUCACCUGCAGCUACCAAAGGGAAUAAGACUUCAGAAGGGCAAGCUUAUAAAGUCACAGGAAGCUGCAUCAAGGCAAUUGCUUGUGGCGGCCGUCAUAGUGUUGUGGUCACAGAUACUGGACUGCUGCUAACUUUUGGUUGGGGACUUUAUGGACAGUGCGGACAAGGAAGUACAGAUGAUGAGCUGAGUCCCACAUGUGUGUCAUCUUUGUUGGGUAUCGAGAUCCAAGGUAUUGCUGCUGGUCUGUGGCAUACUGUCUGCACAUCUGUUAAUGGUGAUGUGUAUUCUUUCGGUGGGAAUCAGUUUGGGCAGCUAGGAACUGGUUCUGAUCAGGCUGAGACUCUCCCCAAGCUACUAGAUGCUGCAUGUUUGGAAAACAAGAAUGCCAAGAUGGUCUCUUGUGGGGCACGUCAUAGUUCCAUGAUUACAGAAGAUGGAGAGGUUUUUUGUUGGGGAUGGAACAAGUACGGUCAGCUUGGCUUGGGCGAUGCCAAAGACAGAAACAUACCAUUUCAGGUUCCCAUAGAAGCUUACCACCCCACAGAUGUAUCUUGUGGUUGGUGGCAUACGCUAGUACUCGCCGAAUCACCUAAUUGAGGUGUACUCAGUCCAUCAAUGACGAGUUAUGCAACUAAAGCAGGCAAUCCUGCAUAAGAGUUAAUUUUACAGCUUGACACCUUGAAAUCUCUUCAACAAAAUGUUCAUACUGAUAGAUGUGGUAAGAUUGAUCGACAAUCAACCAUUAUCAGACAAAUCAUCGGAUUUUGCUUGGAAUGGAUGUGCAAUCUUGUUGCAGCAGCUGCAUGAACGGCCAGAGAAUUUGCAUUCGAUUAAAGGCCCUGGAAGCCUGAAAAAGCAAGUUUCAUGUUAUUCUUGCUUCAAUCUAGAAUGGUGAAUUGGUGUUAUCUUCGACCUUAACAAUGAAAUGAGCCCGAAGCUUGUUUGAUCGACCGUCCGAAACUCCUUUUAGAAUGUUUAGCUCCGUGCUUCAGAUGAGAUGGGCCUUUUGUCAGAAAGUACAUCUUCCUCGCAUGGCAUCUGAAAUAGAAAUGCAUGAUUAGCAAGAAUGUCUAUAUACUGCACGAAAUUUAACAUGUAUAUGGUACAAUGCCUCUAGGUGCAUUUGAUCUGGUUGGCCAAGGUUUUCAAGGGGGCAAAAUUCAGGUUGGAUUCCAUCUUAUAGGCCCAGAUGGCUCCUUUAGACGGAGAUUGAGAUGUCACUUCAUUCCAAACCUCGUCUCUCAUUUGCGGGUUCAUUCCCAUUAGGGAAUCAAUACUUACUGAUAAUUAUAGAGAGAGGAGGGAAUAGAUACCGUCAUUUUAUGGCAACGUCAAUAACAGAAAUUUGGAGAGCAUAGUGGGAGCAGAAGUUUUAUUCAUUGAUCAUCACGGAGCAUGAUUCAUGGUGAUCCAAGUAAUAGGAAAAAUAAACUAGCGACUCCAGGUGCAAGCUAAAGAUAUCAUGGAAAGGGACAAUUCAAUGCCAGCAACAGAACAUAUACGGUAGUUUUAGUGGCCGCUGCGUGGACAUGAGGGGCCAGAAUAUGGACAGAAUGUGGAGAACUUCCCCGUUUCCUGAAAUCUAAAUUAUGAGGUUUCUAAUAAAAUAUGAUGUGGUAAAAACUUGUCCUUGAAACAAUAAGGCAGCCAUGUUUUUGUGGCCUUGCUCGAGCAAGCUUCCUUGACGAUGGAAAAUGCCCCAGAAAGGAGAUUCAAGCUGUGUGCAGGAAAUAGCCAUUAUUGUGAACUUACAGAAUUGUGAGCGAUGUUGAUAUAAUCAUACAACACCAUUUUUGGUAAAAUCGGUUUUGAAGAGAGGCUCCACGGUGGCAUAUGUACCUUCAAUUUUUCACCUUGACUGGAAAUGCUUCGCAGAAAUAAAAUGUGCUUCGCAGUUCCAUCCAACAACGCAUCACAAGAUGAUAAUCUAAGUACAUGUGCAGAUAUGUUUAUGUCAUAAUAUCCCAAGGAUUACAACAAAAAUCUCUAAUCCAAUUAAUUUGGUCAUGGAAUUGUGGAGGAAGUGGGAUAAAUGCAACUUACAUAUGAUCCGUUAGAGUUUUGCUACUGUCUGUCCCUUGGCUUUGAUCUGUGAGUUUUGUUACUUUUGCCCCUUCUUUUUUUUCAGUCUGGAUUGGAUUUUGAGCCACGAUGCCUGUAAACCAUGGUGCCUUACUUUUUGUCAUUGAGGGACCUACAAAUGCUCUUGGAUGAAGAAUCAGAAAUAGAAGUGAAACACUCAUUUUUGGAGACAGAUGCGUGGCUUUUGACAACUCACUGAGUCCAAGGCCCCUCCUUCGCUUCUGCUUACAUGACCACAGAUUUUCCUGCAGGGUUGCUACACGAGCUUAAACAUCUGGAUAACUCACAUGCAUCAUCACUUGAAGCAUGAUAUACAUUGCCUAUCACUGCAUCCAACAGAUGCUCUGCAUCACCUUCUGCCAUGAACGAGGCAUUAACCAAAGGUUCAUGAACUUCAGAUCCUUCUGUUUGGAACAUGGUAAACUCGUCGGCUUUUGAUAGAGCGGUGCUUGAUAUACAGCUAUCAUACCCUCUCACAGAAUCCAUUCCAAGGACUUUGCGCAGCUCAGAUGGUAAAGUUCAAAACUGUGUCAUUUGGUACACAUGCAACCUUACCAGCAAACUCCUUUCCAAAUCCCUCAGUCAUAUUUUUGAUAUUACAAUGAUCAUAACCACCACAUUGUGAAUAUUUCACAUAAGACUGACAUGAUAGAUUGUGCAGAA